UUUAGUUACUUUCCGGUAGAAAAUGUUGAAUAUGUUAAGGUUUACCGGGUCUUUCACGUUUGCUACGCUAAUUUGUUAAAAUCUUCGAAUUGUCACAAGGAGUUCUGCUAUGUUCCUAUUGACAUCUUCAAGAUUAGGCUAUUCACAGAUUGGUGCAAAAACUUCUGUUUCUGAGCUUAGAAUGGAUCAUAGAUUGAAGAAGGCUGCUGAGAAUGGAGAUGUUGAUAUGCUAUAUGCGUUACUCGCUCAGGAUCCAUACCUUUUGGAUCGUAUUGAUCAGAUUCCAAUUGUUGAGACUCCAUUACAUGUUGCUGCAUGCUUUGGGAUGACUCAUUUUGCUUUGGAAAUUGCUACCUUGAAGUCAUCUCUUGCACUGAAGUUGAACCAUAUUGGCCUUAGCCCCAUGCAUCUGGCUCUACAAAAUGGGCAUAUCCACACGGUAAGGGGGCUUAUAACAAUUGAUCCUGAGCUCAUUCGGGUAAAAGGAAGGGGGAGGAUUACUCCUUUGCACUAUGUAGCUGGAACAGAAGAACUCGAUCUCUUGGCUGAAUUUUUAUCAGUUUGUCCAGGUUCCAUCGAGGAUUUAACUGUUCGUUGUGAGACUGCAGUCCAUGUUGCUGUGAAAAAUCACAAGUCUAGAGCUGUUAAUGUCCUGGUUGGUUGGCUUCAGCGUGUGAACAAGGAAGAGAUCCUGAACUGGAAGGAUGAGGAUGGUAACACUGUCUUGCAUAUUACAGCAUGUACAAAUCAACCUGAGGUCAUGAAGUCAAUUAUUAGGAAUGUGAAUGUAAAUGCAAAGAAUCUUCAAGAAUUGACAGCUAUGGACAUCUGCCUUCAACACGAAUUACAACGGACAAAAGUUGGGGAUAUUCUUCGCAGUGCCAAAGCUAAACCGGCUUCUUCUCUUGCUACCUUUACCUUAAGCCUUGCAAAUUACUUAAGUCAGGAACUAUCACUCCUAGAGAAAAGGGACAAGUACCUAGGGCUUAAAGGCCAAAAUGAAAGGAAAUCCCCUAGCAACAUCGGAAAUGUAAUACUUGUGGUGGCUAUAUUGAUUGCAACGGCCGCUUACCAAGCUGUUCUCAGCCCUCCUGGUGGAUAUUGGCAAGAUGACUACAAUCCUCCGGCCAACAACACCUACAAUCUCUCUGCCACCAACCUGGGGAAAGGAGAACAGCGACCACAUCGGGCAGGAAAUAUGAUCAUGGCCCCAACGAGUGUCAUCUUCUUUUUCACCCUUAAUAGUGUGGCCUUUUAUGCAUCCGUAUCCACCAUUCUUAUAAUCAUAAUGGGCCUCCCUUACUCUACCACAUUAUAUGUUUCAGCAUGUUUUUUCUUAUUAGCUUAUUCGUCUUUAUUGGCACACUCCUACCCCUAUCCGCCACAUCAAAGUUUAACAAAUAAAGUUGCAGGUCUUACAUAUGUGCAUGUAACUUACCUGUUCUCGGCAGUGAUUAUUGUGAUUUCUUUGGUGGCAUUUGUUCGACAUAAGAGGCAGAAGUGGAGAGUAGAUUUUCUGACAAGAAAUCUAAAGGAUGCGAUAUAAACAUGGAAAAAUAGCAUACAAUUUUGUCAAUAACUUUGAC